AUGGUUUCAGCCUGGAUCCAAUCAAUUCCGCUCGCCAUCUUCGUGAUUCUGCCCCAUUCUCUGGCACUGCUUACCGGGCCCUCGACUUCAUUGGCAAUUAUUGUGGCCUUUGUGGCAUCUACAUUUACAGUCCUCCAUCUCGCCGAGCUCUCCUGUGCGGUCCCUAAAAACUGUUCCGCCUACCACUAUGCUUUUGCGGCGAUUGGCGAGCUGCCAGCAUACUUACUAGGAUGGAUCCGCCUCACCCAAGCGGCUACCGUAUCCGCGCUGCUGUGCCACGCCUGGAGCGAACAUUUGAAUCUACUAACCGGCGGAGCGCUCUACCCUGUUGCUCUCAUCGAAAUGAGCCACCUGCCAAGGAACGGAUCGGCCAUUGCCCAAGUCGUUGUCGAGAAGUUUGACGUCUCCUCGGUGGUCGGGAUGUGGCUCUGUAUUCCACUGCUUUUUUGCUCGCUUACGGUGCUGGGCACGGUCUCGGUGAGCCUGAUGGUGGUGUGCUCGCUGGUGCUCUCCUCCUGUGCCCUCGUCGCCUUCUUCCACGCCGACACGCACAACUGGCUGAUGGCCGAGUUUUUCACGAAUGGCGCGCAAGGGCUCCUCCAAUCAAGCUCGUUAUUCCUGCUACUACCGUUCGGAAUCGAUGCCCUGUCUUCGCUAUUAGAAGAGACAUCACAUCCACGAAAAAAGAUCGGCACGAUGUUCCCCCUCCUCUCCGUCGGCUUGUCGUUGAUCGUCUUCAUCUUCUCAACCGUUGUUUCGCUGACGAUACGCCCUGACGCGCUACGCAGCGCGGCCAUACUUCCGGAACUGUUUAGAUUGGCGAACGUACCGUCUGCUAGCUACCUGAUGGCGGUGUGCGCAUUUUGCGGGCUUUCCGGCAGUCUGCUCGUCUCAUUUUUGCCGGGCUCGAGGAUGCUGUCUCAGCUGACAAAUGACCGGCUCCUGCCUCUCCCGAGCGAUUCGGCAAGGCGCCCCUACACGGCUACGCUACUGUACGCAGUCCAGGUUUUCGUCUUCCUCUGGUUCGACCAAAAAGUGCUGCUCGGUUCCGCGGCAUUCCUGACGACGCUGAGGGCUAUUGCUAUUAUCUCCCUCACCCACAUUCAGCACUAUUUACCCGAGCCGAUCGGCGUUCCGCACGAGACGACACAUUAUCGAAAGAUUCGGCCCUCCGUCGGCAGCACUUCGGUGGCAAUCUCGGACUCAUACUCGUCCUCCACCUCGGAAAAUGUUGCUCUCCAGAUGAAGGUGGCAAAAAGCGAGACUGAAAAGUAUCAAAAACGGCUGGAGAAGAGAAUGGGCAGCGAGGCUUCAGAAUUGUUGGGGGUUCCGAGAUCUGUAUCGCAGUAUCACACCAUUGGAGGGCCUCCCCGCGAGAACUCAAUCUCCUCAUUCGCAGCCGUCAAUAAGGGCCAUAAUUGUGUGGAAGAGGCCUGUUCUCAUACUGGAUCUCAAGGGUCCGGCCGGGUUCAUCUGUACGCUAGAAUCGACCCGGAUAUUCCGAAUGUUUCCGUGUUCAACUCGAAAAAUGCGAAUCGACAGUAUGCACCGAUCGAUCCUAUGGACACCCAUAUUUUUGCCUUAAAAGUGCUAAUUCUCUUUUUGACGCUUUCUACGUUACUUUCGCUCGUUUUUACGACACUUGGCAGAAUACAUGUGUCGAGCAUCGUGCUGCUAUUUAUGUUGUUUUCACUACUGGUUCUUACGCUAUUUAUGGGGUUGAGAUUGCCCACAAACGAUCUCGGCUGCCGACGCCAAUCCUCCACCCCAUGCUUCCCAUAUUCCACCUAUGGGGCCCUAUUUCUGCUCUGUACACUUCUCGGGUCCACUACUGCCAGAAUAUUAGCCGUUUCCACGUCUUGGCUAGUUUUUGGCCUUCUACUGUAUUUUGGCUACGGUUUCCGGCACAGCACGGAACGAUACUCGGGUCCGUGUCUGAUCCUACAGAAUGAAGACGCAAGGAGAGCAUCUGAGGAACAACAAUGCGAACGGAUAGUGGAGGACUACAGUUCUGUGACCAAUACGAUAUCGGAA